CUUUCAAGCAUUCAAAUUCUACCUUCCCUUCCACCGCCCGCCCUUCACCAGAUUACUACUCUGCCCUCUAGGAUGCGUCGUAUUUCUCGACACGUCAGUCACGCAAGCAGCCGACGAUCGAGGAAAGAUCGGGGGUAUAAAAGCAGCCAUGGAUCGAGAAAUCCAACAUUAUAAAUCUUCUCACCUACCAUCACCAUGGUUCUAAACUCGGUACUGUUAACCAGUACUUGUCUACUCUUCCUGGUCUCCCUCUACAGGGCGUCUAUUUUUGCCUCUGACGUAAGUUGGCGGUAGGUCGCACUAGAUGUUCCUCUCGCACAAAUGAUGGUCGCCGAUGUCGUCUCGCCAGCGGUCUUCGAGGCCAUGGCCUCGGUCGUCCAACCGCAUCCUCCUAGUAUCCCGCCUAAUGGCACACGGUCUCUGUCGAACAAGCAGAUCCUCAAGGCGUGCUCACUCCCGGUUAUCAUGUCCGUUCUCUCUGCCAUCGGCGUGGUCUUCAAUCGGGUGUUCAAGCUAUCCCAUGGUCGUCACUCUGCAUCUAGUUCGUUGUCUACCGUGCUGCGUUCUACCAUCUCGGGUUCAAGCUCACGAACCUUAUUCCUUGCCCUCAUUUUGGCCGUCACGGUCGCCCUCACGCUGGGUCUGUUGGUCGUCCAAAGCCUCCUCCUCUCUGCGAACAGUUCCACUACUUUCGACGUCCUGCGCAUUGUCCUGUUCGCUCAUGUAGGAAUGGCGGGAAUCUACGUCAUUGUUUCUGCUUUAUGGGACACUUUGGAGAGACGCGUGGCAAAUGAAGAACGCGGAAUUGGCCAAGGCGAGGUUGCUGCCGAAGAGGAUACACUGGGAGGAGAUGACGGAGAACAGGACAUAGGUUCACUGCCGGUUACAAACCUUCAGGCAUUAUCAACUACGGCAUACAUGUCAGCAAGAUCAACCAAUGGCGAACCUGCAUCCGAAAUACCCGAAGCCCAGGUUACCUCCUCCACCGGCAACACACCCUCGAACCAAUCGGUUGCGACGGUCCCAGAACAAAACGGAGCAUCACUUAUGCCGUUGGUGAAUCGGGCGCGAGGUAUGAGGUUCCGGAUUCCUUCGAAUCUCCCAUUCCCUCGGAGGAGACCUUGGACCACGUAUCCCAGGAUUUAUAUUCAUCAAUAGGCUCCAACCCCCUCUUCGACAAACUACGUCGGGACUUGGCUGAGUACGAAAAGGACCUC